AUGUUCCACUCUACCAACCCCGUACCACAGUCACCUCCUUUCGACGCGUCAACGUUCGAUGGCAGUACCCUGAGCGAAGACUUCGUCAAAAACGCCGCCCGAGACCCAGACCUAUGUCUAGUCAACCAAAGACCCGACCCCAAACUCGCGACUUCAAAACAUGAUUGGGUCAGAAGAACAAGGACGUUUGAUGUAUCUCCUUCUGUGCUGGCUCUCGGCAAAAACCCUUACCCUGGGUUAAAGGUCUCUCGCCCAAUACCAGAAUUGAACCAAGACACUCCAGCCUACGAUCCCUGUAAACUAUGGUUUGGAGACAGUUACAUUCUGAGAUAUCUCACGCCUUCGAAGCUGCUUGAUGAGGGUUGUAUCAAUAUAGGCACUGGUCUUCUUUCGCCUAUAUCCCCUCAGUUCCGUAUCGACAGAGAAGUUGCAGCAAGAGCGAAUGUACACAGGACUGCCCCUGGACUCUUCAUUGGCAACCAUGAUGGCAUCCAUCCCGUUGUGGGUCGUAAUCAGUUCCGCCUUACAUCCGAUUUUGAAUACGAAUGUCUAAAGCCUACCUUGAGGAUUGUCACCAAGAUGCUGGAAAUGGAUAGUGUUCUUGAUAUGCUUUGGGCUCUGGGUGAAAGAUGGACCCAAGANAGGCGAGUGUGA